AUGGUCAAGCUGCAGCACGACGGGCCUGCGCCCUCGUCGAGGAGAAAACACAUCAUCUGGGCCGCCGUCCUGAUAGCCAUCACCUGCGCCUUCUGGUUCCGCCACCUCCUCUACAUCUCGUGGACCCUGACGACGCUGCGGGCCAGCUGGCGCAACGACGCCGACGACUUUAUUCUCUCCGAGGCACACGACAACUUCGACGUCACCUUUACCAACUACACGCGCAACCAGCUCUCCGCCGCCCCCUAUGAAGACGUCGUGCCACCCAUCCUGCACCACAUCGCCCUCGGCACCACCAAGGACCAAUGGCGCGAGUCGUGGCAGGAGGCGGUCCAGAGCUGCCUGGACCUUCACCCGGGCUGGAAGUCGUACCAAUGGACCGACGACGACGCGGCCGCCCUGGUGGCGGAGAAGUUCCCCGAGCUGCGGGACAUGUGGGAGAACUACCGCUACCCCAUUGAGCGCAUCGACGCCCUGCGCUACAUGGUGCUCUACGAGUACGGCGGUGUCAUCCUCGACAUGGACAUCAAGUGUCGGAGCUCGCUAGGCCCGCUGCGCCGGUUCGGCUUCGUGGCGCCCGAGGCCUUCCCGACUGGCUUCUCCAUCAGCUUCAUGAUGGCGGCCAAGGCCAACGCAUUUAUCGGCGAGAUCCUGCGCAACCUGCCCCUAUACGAUAAGCACUGGUUCGGCCUGCCGUACGCUACAGUCAUGUUCAGCACCGGCGGCCACUUCGCCUCGGUCAUCCACACCAACCAGCCCGACCGCGCAAACUUCAAGAUCCUGCCGGGGCCGCUUCACAGCCUCAACGGCCGCGUCGUGACGCCCCUCUUCGAGCACCUGGGGAGCUCGUCGUGGCACUCGUACGACGCGCAGCUCAUCACGGCGAUCGGGGCGCGGGCGAACCUGAUCUUUUUCUUUUGCGUGGGCAUCGCGCUGGCCAUCUUCAUGAGGAGGCGCAUCAUUCGCCGGUUACGGACGAUGUGA